CGACGCAAAGGCAGACGGAUUUCCUGUACGGUACGUGUAUUGCUGUCUGACACGGCUAGACGCUCAGCUCCUUUCAGCAACUCGGCGCCAAAGCCUCGCCUUCUCUCCAAAAGCACCGAGUCGGAUGGUGGCGAUCUUUGGCCGCCAGGAGCACGGCAGAGCUGAGGGUGUGUGGAGUGUCAGGAUGCGGAAGAGGGGAUCGGGUAAGGCGCUUGCCGUGCCUCUGCUUGUCCCGGAGUGAUCAAUGUGAAGGAGGAGAGGGAGAAAGGAAGAGUGAUGUGCUGCUGGUGUCUCGAUGGAUACUGAACUGCGUCUCCUUGCUCCUUCUUAUACCUUUGCUCGAGGAUAUAGCAUCGCUGGAUCUCUCCAUCCGCGGCGGGGAUUUCCAACAAUCCAUCCAACAAGCCGCAAAUCCUCUAGGAAGUUUCGCGCCUCGUUCCUCGAGUCAGUCUCCGUUACCCUGUCAAUGUUCCUAAACGCAAAUGCAUCCUGCAUAUACAACAUGCCCUUAUCGCCGGGACGGCGCUCAAGUCAUGACUCCUCACGAUCUCUCCGGAUCGAUAUGCGUUGGCCCCUCCUGGUUCGCUCAGCGUUAACGCGCAAGCCCACCUUCCGGCAAGAGGGCGGCUCGCCCAUCCGCAACCCCAACUUCUGCACAAGCCAUGGCUUCAGGACACCUAUUGCGUGCCGUGGUUAGCGCUGCUUCUUGGAUCCUUCAAUUGCAUUGUUACUCUACUCUGGUCACUGGGCCAAUCUACCGAUGCUGCUUGUUUCUCU